AUGGACGCGCCGGCGCUGGCCUUCGAGAAGGAGGACUGCCGCUGCAACCGACCCCUCUUCGACCUCAAGUACCUCCGGACCCACCGCGCCAACAGUGUCAAGCUCAUUCGGUGUUUUCCACACUGCUGCCCGUCGCACUCGUAUGCCAACUUUUGCGCGACGUCCAUCGACCUCCGCGCGACAAACGCGCCGCCCGACGUCGAGAACGACAUUGCCGUCGUGCGCUUCCAGACGACGUCCGAGUUUGUGUACAAGGUUGGCGACGAGCUGGACGCGCAGGACGUGCUACUGCACCUCCGCCGGUACGACGACAACAAGGCCGAGUGGAUCCCGAGCGAGUACCAAUACUACAACAAGGCGACACAAACCAUGACGUAUCGCUUCAACCACAAGAACAACCUUGGGUGGCACUACGGCUGGAUGGGGACGUCGACCAAGGCCCACCGAACGUGCACCCACCAAGUCGUGGGCUACCUACUGCGAAAGUCGGGUGCGUCUUUGGUCGUCCUCGCCGUGACGAUCUCGCCGCCCUUCAUCGUCAUGUCGUACCGUCGAGCGUGCUACCACUGCCAGAAGCACCGCGAGAGCGACGCCGACGGCGCUUCGAACGCGACGCCGGCGCUCUGCGAGUGCGAAGGCGAGUUCAACGUCAUGCAAGGCCUCUCAAUCGGGUCGUCGCCAAUGCGGUCGACGACGCCGGCGCGGCCACCAGCGCCGCCCGCCCACGCGCUUUUGGACCCGAGCACGAUGGAGCGGCAGCUUGCCAUCCUCUUUGGCCUCUUGCAGCUGCCGCCAGCACACGCUUUUGCGCCGCAACUGCACGCGGUCGAGGCGCGGCUGGCGAAAAGCCUCAUCUUGCCGCUCGGAGACCGCCUCGGGUUCUCGGCGUCGCGGAAGCGGGCCAUGGCGAUCCCGAUGAUCCCGACGCGGCGCCCGGUCAUGUCGCCCGUCGCGCACGAUCUGAUUUCGCUCAAGUCGUGCGCGGUGGACUUGCUUCUCGCGACGCUCGGGUCCUCGGACGUGCUCUUGCACAACGUGCAGCAGUUUACGCAGAGCACGGGCUUCCUCUUCGUGCGCGGCGACCUCGCGCAGUCGUACGUGGCGUGGCUGAACAACUACUACCACCUUCUCAACGCCCGCCUCGGCGCGCUGGGCACGCACCUCGGGCACGUGGCCGGCCACAUUGCGCACGCGGCGAGCUCGGUGCCCGAGCUCCACUCGACCCGCGUCUACCUCGACGGGCUCGACGCGCCCGAGACCGCCAACACGGCCGGCUUCGACUACUAUGUCGCCCAGCUCCGCGAAGUCUACAUGGCGGAUGGAUCGCUGCGCGCGCAGAUGGCGUCGCCCGCAACGUACUCGGCGCACUGGGUCCUCGACAAGGUCGUGGGGCACCGGUACAUGGACUCGAACCCAGAGUUGGACCCUUCCGUGGUCUCGCUGCUCCGGGGCAUCACAAUGGGGUACAGCUUCCAGCUCCGCGUGACCGACGCCGCCCUUCAGGUGCGCUCGGACCUCCACGCGUUCGAUACGGUCUGGUCGGAGUUUGUCUUCGACCAAGUGCCCCGCGUCUUUCGCGUCUUCCCAAACGGCGAGUCGUCAAUGGCGCCGAUUUCGCAGCUGCAGCACGGCGACUACGUGGCGAUGCGCCUCGAUGCCGACACGGUCUCGCUCAAGCUCUAUGGGUGGCCCAGCGACAGCAGCCGCGUCUGCUACGCGGUGCUGCUGACGCUUUCGCUCGCGUCUCGGACGCUCGAUGUGUCGGUGCGCCAGUCGUUUGUCGCCGGGCCUGUCGACGUGGCGUCCAUGGUCGUCGAAGAGCGCUGCCAGCAGUACCUUGUCGAGCACGAAGUCGAGGUGCUGCAGGUAGUUACGCAGUACAGCCUCGCCGACGCCACGACUCCCACAGCGUCGGACGCAUCGAUGGCGUAGAUUUAGAUUUAGUCGUCGUCGUCGCUAGUUUUGGUUGGAAAGAUUUUGAUAUACAUAAUUGUCGCUACCGACUAGAAGUAGGAAGCUCUCGGACCGACGCGCAGCGAUACCUGAGUGAUCCUCUUGGCCAUG